UACAUUCACCAUCUCUUUGGUCGAGUCGGUUGUGAAUGGUGAUUGGCUUUAUUGGUUACAUAACUUAUAUUGGUUUUUUUGGUGAUAGCAACGUGAAGAGUAGCGUACUUACAUACAUGCUUCAUUUCUCAUGAUAGAUUAAUCAAGACAAACAAUGAGUGAAAAUAACAUGAAAGAUUUCCCACCAUUAAAAAAUGACUUAAUUCUCCGAGCUGCAAGAGGAGAAGAUACGGAAAAAGUUCCAGUGUGGAUUAUGAGGCAAGCUGGCAGAUAUUUACCAGAAUUUCGUAAGUUCAAAGAAGAACAUGGAAGUGAUUUUUUUCAUAUUGUUCAGUCGCCCAAUUUAGCCUGUGAAAUUACACUUCAGCCUAUUAGAAGAUUUGACUUGGAUGCAGCUAUAAUAUUUUCAGAUAUAUUGGUGAUUCCACAGGCUUUGGGUCUGAAGUGUGAGAUGUUAAAGGGAAAAGGUCCUCAUUUUCCUGAACCUCUUAAGGAACCUGAUGAUCUUGAAAGGCUGAAGAAAAAUGUUGUAGUUAAGGAGACGCUGGGAUAUGUCUUAGAUGCCAUUACUUUGACCAGACAUAAACUUGAAGGAAAAGUUCCAUUAAUUGGUUUUUCUGGAGCACCAUGGACUCUAAUGGCUUAUAUGAUUGAAGGUGGUGGCAGUAAAACUAUGUCAAAUGCAAAGAAAUGGUUGUAUAAACAUGCUAAAGCAACCUCAUUACUGCUACAGACAUUAACUGAUCUUAUAGUUGAUUAUCUUGUUGCUCAAGUUCAAGCUGGAGCACAGAUGCUUCAAGUGUUUGAAUCUCAUGCAGAAUGUCUUAGUCCAUAUUUAUUUACUCUUUAUGCAUACCCUUAUCUGGAGCAAAUAGCUUUUAAAGUGAAAGAAAAACUUGGGGAAAAUUCUGUUCCCAUGGUCAUAUUUGCUAAAGGUGCUACGUACGCCAUACAAGAACUUUCUCAAAGUAGUUAUGACGUCAUUAGCUUGGACUGGACAGUUCCUGUAGCUGAUGCUCGGCUGCAAGCGCCAAAUCGUGUUUUGCAAGGAAACCUUGAUCCUUGUGGAUUGUACGCUUGUAAGAAUGAUCUGAUUCAAGCAACCAAAAGCAUGAUUCGUUCAUUUGGUACGAAAAAGUAUAUUGCAAAUCUUGGGCAUGGAAUAUAUCCAGAUAUGGACCCUGAAAAAGUGACAAUAUUUAUUGAUACUGUACAUUCAUAUUCGGAAUCCUUAAACAACGAAACAACACGGUAGAAUGUAUAUUUUUGAUAUUCAGGUAGAAGGAAGCGGGGAAUGGCGAGAGUAAGAUGAUAUAAUUUUUCUCGCUUUCUCUCUCAAAAAUAAUAAUGAAUUUUAUAAAAUA